GUGGGAAGCUUAGUAAUGAGCUGCAGCGCUAGCAGAGACCAGUUAGCUCCGGGUUGGAACACCAGGACAGAAACGGACAGUAGAGGGUUUUAGGUGAAGAACUGCUGACGCAGAGUUCGGCUGCUGCCUCCGGAUAAAGAGGCUCAUUUCCCCUCAUUAACGUCUAGGAGCCGCUGUGGACACAGAGACAGAGGGACAGACAGGGAUCCGCUCGGACAGGCUGUUUAUGGAUGUCCACCAUAAUGUUUCCCUGACAGCCAUCACUGUCAAGUUCUGCUUAUGGAGCAGUGGCGCCAUCUGCUGGAAGUCAGCCCCAAUAUAACACAGAGAUUUGCCUGAAAAUGAUUUCUAAGCAAGAUGUUCUUGGUCACCAUCCUAUCAUUAAUGAAAAUAAGAAGACUGAUCUGGACCAGAAGGGAAGAGAAUCUUUAAAGCCCAGAGGGAGAGAAGAUUAAUCUAAAUGUACUCGAAUGAAUGAAGAAGAGUAUGGAUCAAAACUUCGGCCGAUUGUAGAGAAAGAAGAUGGCACUGAAGCAAGAGGCAGAUACUGUAAUUGGAACGGUUUGUGGAUUUCUUGAAAUAAAAGAAGAACCGGAAGAACUACAACUAAAAAUAAUAUCAGUAGAUGAUGGUGAAGCAGAAUCUAAGCAGAUGGUAAAGAUUGAGGCAGAGGGCAUCACUCAUGAUGAAAAAGAGGACUUGCCAAAGCAAGAGAUUGAAACUUUAAGAGUAACAGAUUUUGGAUCUCUUGAAAUAAAAGAAGAACCAGAGGAACCUGAGGUGAACACAAUGAAGGUUGAUGUUGGGGCUGGAAUUACACAAGGCAUACUUGCUUCCUCUUUUAUCAAUCAUAAUGGGGUCUGUGUUCUGCACCACAGCAAUGUUAAAUCCCCUAAAAACAAAGAGGAACAAGAGGAGCUACAAAUAAAGGAUGAUUGUCAACCAGAUUCCCACCAAAUGGUAAAGACUGAGGCCGAUGUACUGAAGCAGGAGACAGACACCUUAAUGGUAACCAGUUCUAGAGCUCUCAGAUGGAAACUGGUUAAACUAGAGCCUGAACAAGUGCAAGGGUCAGGACAACAGCAGAUGGCCACAGAAGAUGCUGAUUGCAUCAGUCGUGAUGAAAACCAGGAUAUACAGAAGCAGGAGAUUGAUACAUUGUUUCUAACAGCUUCUUAUGAAAAAGACCACUUGCAUACAGAACUAAAUGAAAACCAAAUCAUCCUUCAGAACUUUCCUAAAAAGGAGCAUCAUCAACAAAGAAGUAAUGACGAAAACUCAGAAUCCAUCAGAGAAGAGAAACAAAACAGUGUUCAGGAAACCAGGAGUCAAAGUGACAGAAAUAAAAGGCCUUUUGUAUGUAUAACAUGUGGUAAAUAUUUCAGGUACAAAAGUGUUUUAAAUGUCCACAUGGGAACUCAUAAAUCUGAGAAGCCUUUCUCAUGUGUAAGCUGUGGGAGACGUUUCACUCAAAAAUGUAGUCUAAAUGUCCACAUGAGAAUUCAUACAGGAGAGAAGCCUUAUUCAUGCAUAACCUGUGGAAAAGGUUUCAGUAGAAAAAGUUAUCUAAAGAUUCAUAUAAGAGCUCAUACAGGAGAAAGGCCUUACACAUGUUUGACCUGUAAUAAAGGUUUCAAGAAAAAAAGUUAUUUAAAUAUCCAUAUGAGACUUCAUACAGGAGAGAAGCGUUUCUCAUGUAUAACCUGUGGAAAAGGGUUUAGAAGAAAAAAUGAUUUGAACAUUCAUAUGAGAAUUCAUUCUGGAGAGAAACUUUUUGCAUGCAUGACCUGUGGAAAGUUGUACAAGAGAAAAAGUUCUUUGAAUAUUCAUAUGAGAAUUCACACAGGAGAGAAGCCUUUCUUGUGUAUGAUCUGUGGAAAGGGGUUCAUUAGAAAAGGGGAGUUGAAUAUUCACAAGAGUGCUCAUACAGGGGAGAAGCCUUUUCCAUGUAAGAUUUGUGGGAAAAAAUUCAUUACAAAAAGCUCUUUAAAUUUUCAUAUGGGAGCACAUACAGGAGAAAAGCCUUUCUCAUGUAUAACCUGUGGAAAAGGGUUCAGGAGAAAGGGGGAUUUGAAUAUUCAUAUGAGCACUCAUACAGGAAAGAAGCCUUUUUCGUGCACAACAUGUGGAAAAGGGUUUAUUACAAAAAGUAUUUUAAAUACCCAUAUGAGAGCUCAUACAGGAGAGAAACCUUUCUUGUGUGUAACCUGUGGAAAAGGGUUCAAGAGAACAAGUACUUUAAAUAUUCAUAUGAGAGUUCAUUCAGGAGAGAAGCCUUACUCAUGUAUGACCUGUGGAAAAGGGUUCAAGAGAAAAAGUUCUUUAAAUAUUCAUAUGAGAGCUCAUACAGGAGAGAAGCCAUUCUCAUGUAUCACAUGUGGAAAAGGAUUCACUACAAAAGGUUCUUUGAAUAUUCAUAUGAGAGCUCAUACUGGGGAGAAGCCAUUCUCAUGUAUGACCUGUGGAAAAGGGUUUAUUACAAAAAGUGCUGUAAAUAUUCAUAUGAGAGUUCAUACAGGAGAGAAGCCUUACUCAUGUAUGACCUGUGGAAAGGGUUUCAAGAGAAAGGGUUCUUUAAAUAUUCACAUAAAAAUUCAUGAUUAAGAGGGGCCCUUUUUCUAUAUAAAUAGAAAAUGUUUUAAUGAAAACCAUAAUUUGACUUGACACAUAA